UUUUUAUUCAUUUCACUUAAUCUGCUCGUUACUAUCAUUCUAGUCAGCUAUUGGAGUCACACAGCGAUUUCUAACAUGGGACGCAAUUGCAAAGGCAGCGUGGAGAUUCCUUGUGAGGCCCUGGAGCUUAAUGACGGAGAGAACCAAACUGUCCUGUUGCUUCUUAAGCAUUGCAGGGAAACUAAGCGACAGGAAUGUCAUGCACGCAUAGCCAUGGGGUUCUUACUCUUGGCGAGUCUAGCACUUUUAUUCUUUGUUCAAAGAAGUCAGGAUCAUUCUUCGUCUUGUAAGCACGUGGUUCCAGCUCCAGAAAACGGUGUUCUCCAGCGGCAAGUUGAUGUACAAAAUGAGACACCGGUUGCUCACCUGACAGGUCAAUAUCACAAAAACCCGAACCAAUACAUCCCAUGGCAACAUGAAAUGGGGAAGGGGGCUGUCCGUGGAUUCACAUAUGACACGCAAACACGCGCCCUCAUUGUCCCACAGAAAGGAGUCUACAACGUCUACAUGCAAUUCACCUAUAGAAAGCCAGGAAUCUUAAACUGCAGUCAAUUAUUGGUCCUGAACCCGAGUGUCUUUAAGUUUUCAAACAGCUACCCGACAGUUGAAAACCUGAUGGUAGCCUAUGACACUGUACACUGUGGUGAGCAGUGGGUCUAUAAGUCCAUCUACAGUGCAGGUACCUUUGAGCUAGAGCAGGACGACAAACUGAUGGUAAAUUCCACUUACCCUCACUUGGUCGAUUUCACAGAUGAUAAGAAAACAUACUUUGGGGCGUACCUUAUUUAGACCAAGAUGGUCUGGAUAAUGUGGGCAAGGAUAUGGUAUCCUUGCCUUAAUUAGUAGUUAUU